ACAUAAUACUAGUAGGAGAGUAUGGUAAUUAACACACCAUUAUAUAUAUACACGCACGAAACUUCCUAACAACAACCUCAUUAUAUACGAAGAGACCCCACCCAUCACAUCACAUUCACAUCUCCUAGUUAAAAAUCUGGGAUUUGCUAAAAACGUGAGAGAAUUGCUAAGUCACAAAGUCAACAAAAAAGAUGAAGUCUAGCCAGGAAAACGCUGUGGAGACCCUCCUUCACGGCCAUGGGUGUGCCAACCAGCUCAAGCUCAUCAUGGACCAGGCCAAGUUAGACUCGUCCAUGGAAAGGGAGGACCUGGCCAAGUCCGUCCUCCAUUGUUUCUCGGAUGCUCUAUCCAUAUUGAUCGAUACUAACGAUCAUCAUCAUCAAGAUGACCGAUCCAAUAACUCACCUCCCCAGGAUUCGUCUCCUGUUCUUGAGAACAGCAGGAGACCACUUCACAAGAGGGGAAGAAAGACAUCAGUGGCAGAGAGCUCAGAUUACCGUAGACACGAAUCCCCCAACCCGAUCUACCACGAUGGCUUUCUAUGGAGGAAAUACGGACAAAAGCAGAUCAAAGAAGCAAAUCACCAAAGGAGCUACUACAAGUGUGCGUACACAAAAGACCAGAAUUGUGAAGCAAAGAAGCAGGUUCAGAUGAUCCAACACAACCCUCCAUUAUACUCAACCACUUACUUCGGCCACCACACAUGCCAACUUCACCAAGCCUAUGCAUCUUUCCCCAUUGACACCUCUGAUCCGCUUGAUUCCCACAUGAUUCGAUUUGAUCACCCAGACUUCUCCAUCCAUCAACAUCAGAACCAAAGUCAGAAUCAGAUAAUUUAUCUCAAAGAUGAAAACAUGACGCUACCUGAUAAAGCAGAAGAGUGUUCGUCUCCAUCUCAGUGGAUGUCCUCGGAGGUUGCCCACGCAGUGGAGGCUUUCGAAUUUAACCCUUUUCGCACAUCAAGUGAUCUAUCAUGACCAUAUAUACAUCCUUCUCUAUUCUUAUCAUCAUACAUAUGUAGCUUCUUUAAUUAUAUGUUUCCACCCAAAAUCCGAUAGUAUACUAGCUACUGUUACUUUUCCACAUUAUACAUUUCUAUCUACUUGAAGCUUUUGUUUAGUUAAAUUUUAACCAGCUUCAAUAACACGUGAAUGAGUGUUUGGACUGUUA